AUGGCCACCGCUUUAAUGCGAACCGUGCGAGCGUCGCCGGAGCCACGGCGCGCGCCGAGUAUACUGGAGCCGCCGCGCCACGUGUAUUUCACCAACGACACCGGCGCGCUUCUCAGCUGUGCCACCCGGGGAGACUAUCAGCUGGACUGGUUACUCCCAGACAACUCGGUGGCCGGUGCCUUAGCGGGUCUCCGCCGGGUGCUGGCCAACGGUUCUCUAGAACUGCCUCCCUUCCCCGCGGAGCACUUCAGGAGAGAUGUGCACGCCACCACGUAUCGUUGCCGACUGAGGAUCGCCAGCGGGUUUGCCGUGCUUUCCAAGAACAUUCAUGUACAUGCGGCAUUAAACAUACCGUGGGAGAUACACGUGCCAGAUGAGUACGUGAUGGCCGGCAAUGCUGUAGUGUUGCGGUGCGUGGUGCCUCCCCACUGCGCCGACCGAGUCAGCAACACCGACUGGUUCACUGAUGACCAGGUCAACGUGCCGCAUCAUUUAGGAUCUAAGUACCAGCGUCUAGACGACGGGUCAUUGUACAUAAGCGGGGUCAGCCCUCGGGACCGGCACAACGCGUUCCGGUGUCGUGUACGGGACCGGAUCACUGGGACCUUGUAUACUAGCCUAUACUUCGGUCACAUAAUAGUGACGGAGCCCAAAGGCGGCGUGAGACCGCGGAUGGCGACGGAGCCGCGCACGCGCCGUAUACAAGCCGGACAAGAUGUCCGACUGCCGUGCGCCGCGCAUGCGUGGCCAGUGCCUAGUUACAGGUGGUUUCGCGAGCACCACGAAGAACUAAUUCCCAUAGAGAAGACCUCUUUAUGGUCGAGAGCGCGGCUCCUCGGCAGCGGUCUGCUGAGUCUCCAAGCCGUACGGCGUGAAGACGCCGGCCGCUUCGUGUGCUGGCUUAACAAUACCGUGGGGGGCGAGUCCAUGCACUUCACACUUAUUGUCACAGAACCCAUCUCCGUCCGAAUAAAACCCGAAGUGGUGCGAACGAAAACGAAUGCUGACGUUACAUUUGAAUGCAAAGUGUCGGGGCAUCCAAUCGAGCUAGUCUACUGGGUGCAUGACGCGAAAGUCGUUAAACCGAAUGAAAGACUCAAGAUUUCUGAAGACGGCCUAAGACUACAUAUCAAAAAUUCUCAGAAGGACGACCAAGGAGUUUAUCAGUGUUUUGUCAGCAAUACCAAGGAUCAGGCUUAUGGAGUUUCAGAAUAUUUAAUAGAUGUGUCCGAGGGUCGGUCGCGAUCUCCCGGCAACCGCUCGCGGCGAGCGCCCUUCGCUAGAAGCACACACACACAUGAUACUGACUGGAACUUCACGGGCACUAGAGAAUCGAAACCUGAGUUGGUGUAUUGGUUCUCGGAGCAGACUCUUCAACCAGGACCCAGUGUGUCAUUAAAAUGUGUCGCUAUGGGACAUCCUCCUCCGCAGUUCACAUGGCUACUUGAUGGUUUUCCCAUUCCAACUAAUUCGAGGUUCGUAGUCGGGCAACACGUUACCCUGCAAGACGACGUGGUGAGCCACUUGAACAUCAGCCGCGUGACAGAACAAGAUGGCGGCGAAUACGCUUGCGUGGCUUCCAACAGUGCUGGGAAGGCACUCCAUGCCGCACGAGUCAACGUAUACGGACUUCCCUACAUCCGAGAGAUGCCUAAAGUCACAGCCGUGGCGGGCAGCGAUCUGAAUAUCAAGUGCCCGGUCGCCGGCUACCCCAUCGAGUCAAUCACGUGGGAAAGAGAUGGUCAAAAUCUCCCGCUUAAUAGAAGACAGAAAGUGUUUCCUAACGGCACCCUGAUCGUGGAACAAACACAGCGAGGAGAAGACGCUGGCACCUACACGUGUCAAGCAGCAAACAGACAAAGGCACGCUGCGAGACGAGACGUUGAAGUACAAAUAUUAGUUCAGCCGAAAAUCUUGCCUAUACCAGCGCUAACAAAUUUAUUACGAGAAGGUAUGAGGGCGGCUAUAUCUUGCCAGAUCUUAGAGGGUGAUUUGCCUGUCGCAUUUCGUUGGGAGAAAAACGGGCAGCCUGUGACGUCAUCACCUUACGCUCCUAGUGGCAUAAUAACCCGCAGAAUGGAUGAAUAUAGCGCUUCGCUGGUCAUAGAGCAAGUGACGUCUCUACACAGUGGGAACUACACCUGCAUCGCUUCGAAUGUUGCCGGUUCAGAAAGAUACACAAUACCUCUAACAGUGAAUGUACCACCCCGAUGGCGGUUGGAACCUAACGAUGUAGCAGUAGCCGCUGGCCAAGAUGUGACCCUGCAAUGCCAAGCUGACGGCUACCCGAAGCCAACGAUUACGUGGAAAAAAGCCGUAGGUAACACGCCUGGCGAGUACAAAGACUUCAUGUUUGAAGGGAGCUCAAGGGUCCUGGAGAAUGGCUCGCUCGUAUUCGAGCGAGUGGCCAAAGACAGCGAGGGACAUUAUCUUUGUGAAGCUAGGAACGACAUAGGCGCCGGAUUAAGCAAGCUCAUCUUCUUAAAAGUCAACGCCCCGGCGAGGUUUCCAAUGAAGAGCAAGACAGUGCAGGUGACAGCAGGGGAGGCAGCCCACCUGCAAUGUGCAGCAUCAGGAGACGCGCCUCUGGAAGUCAGCUGGCGAAGCCCACAUCAUCACACUAUCGCACACCAUUUGGAUCAAAGAUACACAAUUCGGGAACAAGUGUUGGACGACGGAUUAGUUUCUGAGUUAAGCAUCCUACAGACUUAUAGACAAGACACCGGAGCCCUAACGUGCCGAGCGUCCAACGCAUAUGGACAAGAUGAAAUGCUCAUACACCUAGUUGUACAAGAGGUCCCCGAAAUGCCAAAAAACAUAAGAAUAAUCGAUCAACAGUCACGAGCGAUACAAAUAUCGUGGACGCAACCAUAUGCUGGCAACAGUCCUAUCAUAAAUUACAUCGUGCAAUAUAAGGAAGCUCCAGAUUCGUGGCCAACAACACCUCAAAAAGUGAUAGUCCCAGGAAGUGUAACUUCAGCGAGCGUGCAGAACCUACAGCCAGCGACCUCGUAUCAUCUCAGAAUAAUCGCUGAGAACAGACUAGGACAAAGCGAACCGAGUCAACUGAUACAAGUAACCACGACUGAAGAAAUUCCCAGCGGCCCUCCGCUGGAUGUAAGAGUAGAAGCGAAAAGUUCAACAGAACUCAUAGUCAGCUGGGAACCACCACAAAGAGAUCUGUGGAACGGGAACAUCCUCGGUUACUAUGUGGGAUUUCAAGAGCUAAACAGCAACAGCACAGUUCUAAGCGCAAGCGGUCCGGGCGGAGCGUCGUACACAGUUCGUACUGUUGAAGGGGCCGGUACCGCCCGCGCGAGGACUACACUCUCAGGCUUGCAGAAGCACGCCGCGUAUGCAGUUGUUGUACAAGCUUACAAUAGUAGGGGAGCGGGUCCUGCCUCGCCUCCUACUACUGCCACUACCAUGGAGGAUGUUCCCAGCCUGCCUCCAGGAGCUCUGCAAUGCACAGCGCUAAGUUCGCAAUCAGUCCGAGUAGCAUGGGAGCCACCACCCCUCAGAGGACGUAAUGGAGUCUUACAAGGAUACAGAGUAACUUACGCACCCGUCACCGAUUGGUAUGGUAAUGAAGAGGCAGUUACAAAGCAAAUAUCAGGUUUGCACACGACGUUAUCGGGACUUCGGCGGUAUACCAACUACUCGGUGACUGUGUGUGCCUUCACUGCGGCUGGGGACGGAGUCAGGGCGGCUCCGGUUUAUUGCCACACUGAAGAGGAUGUACCCUCUGCACCCGCUGACAUCAAAGCAGUCGUAUCUUCGCGUAACAAGAUUUUAGUAUCAUGGCUCCCACCAGCUGCCCCGAACGGAGUUCUCGUGGGCUACACUCUCUAUAUGAGCGUCAUUGAAGAUGGACGGGAGGAGGGUACCCACAAGCGCAUGCUGUCUCCAAGCACGUUAUCCCAUGAAACUUCGCGUUCACCUCCGCGGGCAACACACCAGUUCUGGGUAUCAGCAUCAACAAGGCUUGGCGAAGGAGAAACCACCCGAGUUGUUACUGUGUUACCUUCUGAAUCAGUGCCGGCUCGGAUCACGUCGUUUAGCCGCAGCAUCGUGACUCCUUGGAAAGAGAACAUAUCGCUGCCUUGCAAUAAGGUUGGAGUCCCCACGCCUUCUACCACGUGGAGCAUGAAUGGAGCUACUUUGGAGUCAACUCUGAGGAAAAACGUGACUAACGACGGAUCUCUGAUCAUCAGCAUGACGCAGUACCUGGACAGUGGGAACUACACGUGCUCAGUAGAAAACGUUCACGGCCGAGACGAAGUGACCUACAGCGUUGAAGUGAAGGUGCCUCCACAACCCCCUGUGUUGGCCGUUGUGGAUUCCUAUGCUGACUCGCUACAUCUUCAGUGGAGCGAUCAGGGCGAUGGUGGCAGUCCAAUAUUAGGAUACGUGAUCAACUACAAACGAGAGCAUGGUGACUGGGAAGAGUUGCAAGUGGAAGCCGGCACAUCAGAACAUGUUCUUCCUAACUUAUGGUGCGGAACUCGCUACCAGCUGUAUAUUACUGCCUUCAACCGCAUCGGCACUGGUCUGCCGUGUGAUAUUGUACAUGCGUAUACUAAGGGCACAGUUCCCGUAAAACCGAAGCACUCUCAAAUGAUAACGCUGAACACGACAACGGUGACAGUGUGGCUAGACUCGUGGGGUGACGGCGGCUGCGGGAUUCUAUACUUUGUUAUAGAGUACCGAGAAAUCAGUCAAUCGCAGUGGCGUUUAGUAUCGAACAGCGUGCAAGCAACGGAGCGAGUGUUCAGCGUGCCGGGACUGACGCCGGCCACACACUACCAGCUGAGGAUCACCGCGCACAACAACGCGGGACAUGCCGUCGCGCUCUAUAACUUCACUACGCAUUCUCUUAGCGGGAGCGUAGAAGGCGAGGUGUCGGGCGCGGCGCCGGCGGGCCGGGCGCUGGGCGGCGCCCGCGUGCUGCUACCAGCCGCACUGGCGCUGCUGGUGCUGGGAGCCCUGCUGGCAAUCGUGCUGCUCGUGCGCCGCAACAAAGCUGGUGCAACGGAGACGGUAGCGACAGAGAGUGGAGUGGGCGAGUCUCCGUCAGUAGCUCAGCUGCAGAACAAGGUCAACCGCGACCAGCAGUACUUGGCGGCGAGGGCGCAGCACCCGGCGCCACAGCAUCAUUAUAAACAUGCUUCUAAUGAGUACAUAGAAGACAUAUGUCCGUACGCGACGUUCCAACUGACGAAGCCGACGGCGUACAGCGAGAGCAGCUACAGCGGGAACGUGUACAGCGGCCCUUAUCACUCCGUUAGAGGCUCCUUCGUGUAUCACGACCUUAAACAGAACGAUAAGUAUAAGGGCAAAGAGCCUGAGUACACAAAAGUAAGAAGAAAAGGCAACAGACUCCGAGACCCGCACUCAGAGAGCCAAGAGUCGGACAACUUGGGCUCGACGGACUCGGAGGUGAAGAAGAUACUAACGCUGCACCUGCCCAUUACAGAGUACGAAGACGAUGCCAGCGACGACGCCAGCGCGCCGCACUCCGACAGCGAGCCGCAAGCACGGCUGCGGCCCGCGCAUCCCACUUCAUAUCCAAGCGUAGAACGCGAGGAAUCGUCAUCAUCAUCAGAGAACUCAGUAGGCGGCGUGGUCCGCAAGGCGUUCCCCUCGCGCAAGGGCAAGGCGGCCGCGCUCGGCAAGCGCCACGUGCGCUCGUCCUCCGGGUAUAGCAGCCACAACGACGAGACCACCUUCAGUAUAUCGAACUACCCGUCUUUCAACGAGCACAUUCACCCGCCGUCUCGCUUCUCCGACGACACAGAAUGCGAGGGACAUCACCGACGCAAGAGGGCGCCGCAUCCGCACCCCUCACACCCCGCACACGAUCCUAAGGUCACUAGGGAAGCAUUCCAAAUAAACGUUUGAAAAUAACAUUCAAAUUAAACGUGGAACGGCACUAUUAAAGAUGGCGGCCUUCAAGCCAAUCAAAUGACAUGAAACCUCAUUGGAAGGCGCUGUCAAUGUCAAAAUGUACUGAAAAGAGAAUGUACGAUUUUGAGUAGUAUUCUCAAAAUCGUAGUCUGUCUGUUGAUACUUGAAAAAGUUUUGUUACUCUAUGAGAGUGGGUGAUAAGGCAUGGUCAAUCUGGGUUAAUUUAUUCUUACAAAACUGCACUACUAAUAUAAAAUGAUGGAUUAAAAUCUGUAUCUAAUUAUCUCUAUAAUAUUUUCUAAUAUAAAAACGGUACUACACAACACUGCCAUACCAGUAUUUGAGUUUUGACUAGUUUGAAAUCUUUGGAACAAUUUAUUCUAGCUAAAGUGAAUAGUUAUAAUUUUUGGGACCGUAUUAUGACAAGGUUACAUGGAUCAGGUUGGAUUUCAGUAACAUGUCAUUACACAGCCCCUAUACACAUGGCUCACAAUUUUUCUAUACCACGUAUAUAAGUAAUCUUCCAUUUUCAAGUGUUGUCAAUACUGCGUAUGCAUUGGUUGGUAUGUUGCAUGUAAUAUUUUUACAAAAUGUUGCCAAACUCCGUUACACUUCCAUAUUGCUAGACGUGUACAUAAAAAUGUAGAUAGGUAGGUUUAGCCAAUAUAAUUAUAUUUAUUCUUUAGUGCCACGUAUAAUAGUAAAACUCAUUAAUCCUUUUUGUACUCCGAAACCGAGUAUUUUAAACCAAACGGCUUCAAAUGCCGUUAAAGUUGUAGGUUCAAAAACCACUGGUCGUUGUGUAAAUAUUAAUGUAAUUAAUGCUAAGUACACAUUAAUGACUAUCGAAUAUAAAAAAUAAGGAGAACAAUAAUUAAAAUAAAAAUAUAUAUUUUAAACUUAAUGCCUUAUUGACCAAAAGUCUUAAAACUAGUUACGGAUGUAAUUGUGUAAUUAUAUCCCAUAUUUAAUUAAAUACGAAUUGUUUGAUCGUUGUAAAGUUUAUGAAAACAAUAAUGUUUUCAUUGGCAAAUCUUAUCAUUGUCUAUAACAUUAAGGUUUUGGAGUGUGUAAAUGAAUUUUCAAGUAACUAUUUAUAUCUUAGGAUUAUGAUAAGCAUUUGUUGAAGUGCCAACAGUAAAUCACCGCUAACUGUUAUGUAUACAUAAAUAUACUGUUAAUUGUAUACAAUACACCAUUUACACAAAUUGCCAACGUUACACAGACAGACAUUGUAAGACUAAAUUAAUGACAAAAUUUCCCCGAACUUCCCAACAUAGCUUAACUUUUACAUUCACUUUUCGGAGACUGCUUGUAUAACAAUAAAUGUUGAUUUCUUUUAUAAUUUGAUAUGAUACUUGCUUCUUGUACUGUUGACAAUGAUGUGGAACUUUAUCGAUACAUACCUACCUAUUGUAUUAUAAUACUUAUACCGAGAGCCCAUUGAAAUCGCUCUACAGUUAGGUGCGCCUUCAGAGGGAUCGAAUCAUCAAUUGCGAGUGUUAUAAUCGAUGUAAAUUAAACGUUAGUAUUAUACAAUCCUCAGUGAACAGUAACACAUGACAAUACACUUACCUAUAGUUUGGUGAAUACGGCAGAAAGUUACAAUUUGUAUAUUAUAAACUGUAUCAUGUUGUAGCCAUAGUUUACGAGUGUUGACACAAGCUGCGUUUGUAUUCAACUAACAAUGUUUUUAAGUGUGGAUUUAUAAUAAUUUACAAUUGUUUACGUUGACACUCUUUAGUAAUUCCAACGAAGACUGCCCUAUAUUUAAUUGAGAUCUAUUUUAUAUAAUCUAGACACAAUUUCCUAAUGCUAGUCAAUAAUACGAUGUAGAUUUUUUUAGUAAUCGACAAGUAAUCAUUUUGGCAAUGUUAAUGUUUUCAUUGUUGUGGUUUUAUUUUGCAUCAAAACUUUAGAAUUUUAAACAUUUGGGUAUGGCAAAAAUUCAUUGCAAACUAUAAACUAUGAACUUCAAGAUAAACUACUACUACUAUUAAUUUUGAACCAGUAUACAAAGCAGGUCUUUUGGUGAACAUGAUACAUGCAAGUCUCUUAGCUCCACUUUAUCCAUAUACAUUGAAUUUAUGAUUUAUGAUACUCCAUAAUCUCAAGUUUAGGAGCAAAAGUCGUUAUCAUUACUAUCAUUCUGAAUUCUAGUCAAUGUACCAUAUCAUUUUUAACCAUUUUGUUAAUAUAAAUGAAUACACGAGUAUAUUAUAAGGGUUAGUUAAUCAUGUUGUUACAGAUAUGUUUUUAUAAUGCAAACAAAUGAGUUGUUAGGACAGUAUGAUGUGAACGAAAAUAAAAAUUCAUUUACUUGAAA